AUGAGAUCUCAGCCUAAGAGCCCUCGUUUUGGGCAGCUGAUUAUAGGGCCACCCGGGUCAGGGAAGAGUACAUAUUGCAGAGCACUACGAGCAUAUCUGAGAGCAGCUGGUCGACAAUGCAGUAUAGUGAAUCUGGACCCGGCAAGUGAGGAGCCUAUAAAUCCCAGUAUACUACAGGAGGAGAAUGGUGAUGAUAGUGAGGACUUGGAAACAACCUAUUUCGAUGUUGAUGUACGGGAGUUAGUUAGAGUAGAUGAUGUAGCUGAGGAGCAUGGGCUGGGUCCUAAUGGAGCUAUGAUAUUCGCUAUGCAAGAGCUCGAGCUCAACUCAGCAUGGUUGAAGGAUCGUAUCGAGGCAUUACCUAUAGACGACUACGUACUAUUUGAUUGCCCAGGACAGAUUGAGCUGUAUACUCAUCUUACUGUAAUGCCUCAUUUAGUGCAGCUACUGACCAACAGGAGAGGGCUCGAUAUAAGGCUUACCGCUCUUAACCUCACUGACUGUUCAGUCUUGGCGUCAGAAGGAGGCAACAACUUUAUAUCUGCUGCCCUCUCAUCCCUCGCAGUAAUGCUGCACGUGGAGCUUCCACACUUGAAUGUUCUCACUAAAUGUGAUACACUAUCUCAAUUCGGCAAUCAGUUAAAGCCUAAGAGUGCACUAGUAGAGCGUCAGGACAAACUCGUUCGUACUGAUACUGCUGCCUUUAUCAUGUUCGAUGGAUAUGCCUCCUCUUCAGGGUCCCUAUGUGAGCUGAUUGAUGACUACGGCGAGGUGAAGUUCAUACCUCUUAGUGUAGAUGAUAAGGAGUCAAUCAGCAAUCUAUUGGCUCAUGCUGAUAAAGCCAACGGGUAUGCUUUCUCACGUACAGACCCCCAGCUAUGUGCAGUAGAGGUGGAUGAAGGCCAUGAUGAAUACAGUGAUUAUUAUCAGCAACGAUACGUAAAUACUGCUGCCUACAAGGAUAAUGAAGAAGGUGUUGAUGUUACCGCUCCAAUGGAAGAUUCCAUCCCGCAUUGUGGAUAUUGUGGUAGCAGUGGAGCUAAUAUGAGGUGUACUAGAUGCCAGAGGAUAGUGUAUUGCGAUCAUAGGUGUCAACGUCUUGAUUGGAAGAGGCAUAAGGCAGAGGACUGUAUCAAAGAUUAA